CGUCACGAUAAGGGCGGACGGAGCCGUGGAGCACACAGCCUGUGUCGGCAGAGGCUGAGGGUGCCGCCUAAAAGCGUGCCUAGUCAUUGGAUACGUGUUGUUGCUAGGGGCGUGGGUUGAGUCGUGAUAUAUCUUAGUUUUGCAAACCUCAAACAGGUGAAAUUUAGACAGGCAUUAGUCGACUCACCCGGACCCGAAAAGAUGCACCGAGAACUGUGUGUUCCGACCUGAGGAAAGUGUGCCGCAGUGAGCAUAAUCUGAUAAGCGCUUCUGUGCGUCCUGCGCUCCGCUCCGCUCCAGGCUGCGCUCAGGAGGAAAAAGUACGUGCGGAGAGUUAAAGGAACAAUGCAGAGAUGCUGAGGUCACACUUCUCGGAGCUGAUUCAGAUUUUCACCCGGAACUCCGGCUAUUUAUUUGCAUCCUCCCCAGGCCGGGCUGGUCAGUGUUUACAGGAGCAGACAGCUGUGCGUUCAGCGGCUCCGUGAUGUGGACGGAUUAAAGCCCAGACAUCCUGGUCUUUCCACUGGAGGCCAGUGAUCUGACGGCGGAACAAAUUACAUUUUUGUAGUUAUGCGCCGGAGCGGGGACAUUAUGCAAUGUGGAGGGAGUGAUUUUCGUGAGCUCAUAGGUUGAACUGGCAAUGACAUCAGGCUUAACUUGAAUAGCUUUACUGCAGCAAGGUGGACCAGGGCGGGAGGUGGCAAGGUGCGAUGCACGCAGCUUCCGUGCAGGACAUUUUCUGGGGAUGUUCAGUGCCCUAAACAAAUUGAAGGCAUAGGGCCAUAUCUCCUACGCUGGCGAACUGCGUCACUGCAUGCAAGUGUUGCAGGUAGGCAGCAAACUCUCCCACAAUCCGGAGAGAACCAUGCUGAUCAUCCUCUUUACGCAAUGUCGCCGGUAAGUGUUGAAUAAUUUACCGGGGAUGGAUUCGGCGGACGAUUCAAGUAUAGAUCCGCCACUAGGAUCCACAUUUUCCUCAGCCCCUAAUUUAGACUCGGACAUUAAUGCAAAUGCCUGUAGGCCUAUUUAUGAGAACGGGGCAGACCACAAUGUCAACAUCCAAAACGCGGCCCUGCGCGGGGCGAGUGACCCGAGCGCGUACCCCUCCACGGGAUACAGGGGGCUGAUCCGACAGAGGUUCAUCCGGAGAAGUUUGUGGGUGUCAGACUCCGAGGAGCCGCCGGUGGACACGCAGGACUGUACCCACGCCAGCCCGGUGCUCAGCAUUGACCUGCGCACCAUCGUGGGUCGGAGCCGGACCCGAGCUCUCCACGGAACCCGCGCCCAGGAGAGUUCCAGCACGGAGAGCCAGGUGGGGUUGAAGGACAGCGCCACGGAGAGUGUGAGCGCAGACGAGGACAAGGGAGACAAGAGCGAACCAGAGCCAAAGGUGGAGGUUAUCCCCCCGGAUGUCACAGGGAAGGCAGGAAGUGACGAGAAUGAAGAGGAGCCAGGGAUGAAGGCUGUGUCCACCUCACCAGGGGGGCGCUUCCUCAAGUUUGACAUCGAGCUGGGGAGGGGGUCCUUCAAGACGGUCUAUAAAGGUCUUGACACUGACACCUGGGUGGAGGUGGCAUGGUGUGAACUCCAGGAACGGAAACUGUCCAAAGCAGAAAGACAGCGGUUCAAAGAGGAGGCGGAGAUGUUAAAGGCCCUUCAACAUCCCAAUAUUGUGCGGUUUUAUGACUUCUGGGAAUCACCGGUGAAAGGGAAGAAGUGUAUUGUUCUGGUGACAGAGCUAAUGACCUCAGGGACACUAAAAACGUAUCUGAAGCGCUUUAAAGUGAUGAAACCAAAAGUUCUUCGGAGCUGGUGCAGACAGAUUCUCAAAGGCCUCCACUUCCUCCACACCAGGACUCCUCCGAUCAUCCACAGAGACCUCAAGUGUGACAACAUCUUCAUCACUGGUCCGACAGGCUCUGUCAAAAUAGGAGACCUGGGCUUAGCAACACUCAAGAGGGCGUCCUUCGCUAAAAGUGUUAUUGGCACUCCAGAGUUCAUGGCCCCGGAGAUGUAUGAGGAGCACUACGAUGAGGCUGUGGAUGUGUAUGCCUUUGGGAUGUGUUUGCUGGAGAUGGCCACUUCAGAGUAUCCGUACUCUGAAUGUCAAAACGCUGCUCAGAUCUACCGCAAAGUCACCAGUGGGGUUAAACCUGCCAGCUACACUAAAGUAAGCGACCCAGAAAUUAAGGAAAUAAUCGGGGAGUGUAUCUGUCACAGAUCGGAGGAGAGGUACUCAAUUAAGGACCUUCUUAAUCAUGCCUUCUUUGCAGAAGAUACAGGUGUGAGGGUGGAGCUCAAUGAAGAGGAUGAUGGGAAAAAAUCAUCCAUUGCUCUAAAGCUGUGGGUUGAAGAUCCUAAAAAGCUGAAGGGGAAGUACAAGGACACCGGUGCCAUUGAAUUUACUUUCAACUUGGGGAACGAAGUCCCAGAGGUUGUCGCUCAAGAAAUGGUGGAAUCAGGGUUUUUUCUGGACUGUGAUGUGAAGAUUGUUGGGAAGUCCAUUCGAGACCGUGUGGCCCUCAUUAAAUGGCGGAGGGAACGGACUGUCUCUUCAGGAAAUGGUGAGGUAGCUGCGAAGAAGACACAGCAGAACCUACUGCAGGUGCCUGGUAGUGGUGUCCCACAGGGCACCACGUUGGCCACAACAGAGUAUGACGACCAAGAGGUGGAGCAACAGACCCUGAUCUGCACUGUGCCAACCACAGCAUCUACCACAUCCGACAGUGGAGUGAACUCUGCCAUGCAAUUGGAUGAUCUACAGAAUCAGCAAAAUGGUACCUACCAGUCUCUUCCCGAGCCCAUUUCUACAGGUCAGAUAGUAUACAGUCCGCCCGCGCAGCCUGACCCUCAUCUGCAUCAGGGGCCCUACCAGCAAACCACAGCACAGGUCCCAUAUGACAAUUACACAGUACCAUCCACGCAGUUACUACAGGGAGCCUACCAGCAAACCACAGGUCAGCUGCAUCCUGGGACCUAUCAACAGCCUGCAGCACAACUCCACCAAGGGCCUUAUCAGUCUCAAACACGUCACAACAGUGAUCCCUUUGUUUGCCAAGACAAUCUACUCAUCACUGAAAGAACAGGGUGUCUUAGACGUGGAAGUGCCUCCCUGGUUGAGAUGUUACGAUCUAGGAAAUUGUCUACAACUAAGACAAUGAACCCAAACCCCUGUGCAUGUCCCUCACACGCUGCAAAAAAUAGCACAGAGAGCUCAGUGCAUACCACAGAAUACCUACUGUCUAACUCUGCCCAGAAUCCUUCAUUAUCUCCCCUUUCGCCCUCCCAUCAGCAUUCGCAUCAUGACUCAGCAAGUAAUUUCAAUUCACCUCUCCAUCCCCUGAAUUUACAACACUCCUCAGAGCUCCGUCUGAGUAAGCCACCCAGCCCACAACAUCACCACCACUGCAAGGCCUGCUUGUCCCUCCUGCUCAGGGACAGGACAAAACGAGGUGGAUCUUUGGGACACACACAUAUACAGUCCUUCUCUACAUCCACCCAGUUUCCCCAGGUUUCUAAACUAAGUUCACCUCCAUCUCCACAUCACAAACAUCUCGCUCUGUCUUCUCUUGUGUCAUCAAACUAUCCUUUAUCAUCAAAUAGUCAACCAACCCCAGUGAACUCAUCAUCCUCACAUCUUUCUCCACCUUCACAAGUUUUACAACCAAGGAAUUUGUUUGAAGGAGGAGAUCUCACUCUUCUCAACCACUGUCUCCAUCACAUUGUGAGCCGCAGGACCAGUUCUCCCACCCUCUCUGACAGAGGAUGUAGCUUCCCAGGACACAGUCACAGGGAGGUUUGGGGUCUUAUCUCAACAGUAGAUGACCGUGUAGACAAAAGUCAGGAACUGGAUGUGCCAUUGAAUUCUGCCCCAAAUCUGGACAGGAACCCUCCGGUUUCACAUGACAGUGAAGGCAGGACAGAUCCAUCGACAGUUUCUGCUCCAGCUACGCCAGCCCCUACUGCGCACCAGAGUAGACAGACAGCACAGAGCUUCCCAGCUGGAGCCUCCACCCUUCAGACGCAGCUUACUGCCCAGCCCAGUCAGGACCAGUGUCUCCAUCCAGCCGGUGUCCUGCCCCAGCUGUUAUCUGCUGACCAGCCUACAUCUCACCUGAGUCCUCCUGACAUAUCUACUAGUUUUCCACAGUCAGUCCCCAGUGCUCCACCCCCACUCCUGCCCCUGCAGAUCAGCACACAGUUUCCCUCACCAUAUCCAGUUGCACAAACAGGGGCCCACCAGCCCCCUCCAUUCUCUCCAGCUCCUCUGCCAUCUGCCUUUAGCAGCAGUGGUCCUCUCAUGUCUAGCUCCUACUAUUUACCGUCCCCCCACCGUCCCACUCUCCCUCUGACCCCUCAUUGUGCCCUGCCUUCCAUACCCACUCUUGGUACCCCUCAAACUCCUCUGUCCACACCUCAACACGUGCCUAAUGUGGCGCUCUCUAUUCCACUUCUUGCCAUGGCCAUGUCACCUGCUGUGCCCCAGCAACAGGUCUGUCCUCCAGCAUCUCAGCCAAACCUUGGUGGCAUCCAUUCCACCCAUUCCUUGCCUUUCUCCCAGGUACAACCCACCCCAUACCCUGCCCCUCACCCUGAGCAGGAACUGGCUGAGCAGCCUGUCCAGAUGCAGACGAUUGCUCCACAGGGGAAUUUGGGAGAUGUUCAGCUUUUGGCUCACGUCCACCAUGUCUUACCGUCUGUUCACACCCCUCUCUGGGGAAAUGGAGCAGAUGCAGAAACACCUGCAGUUGGCCUAAAAUUAAGUGUAGCUCCUGUAAUUCCAAAUGCUGAUGCUGGCCCUGCCCUUGCCCCUGCCUCAGCCCCUCCCCAUGCCCCUGCCUCAGCCCCUCCCCAGGCUCCUGCAUCAGUAUCAACAACAGUCCAAGUUGAAACUCAAGCCCCAGCACAAACUCCAGCUCUAGGCCCAGCACAAAACCAAACCCAAGUUCCAGCUCAACCUGCAGCCAUGCCUCAAACUCAACCUUCAGCUUCAACCCUGGUGAAUGCCUCUGCUUCAGUCCCAGUUCAAGUUCCAGCCCCUUCUGCCCCAGCUCAAGCAACACCUUUUCAAGCAGGUCCCACAUUAGAACCACCACAAGUCUCAUCUACAAAUUCACAUUUAUCUUCGACCACUGGUAAACUCCAACAACCAGUCCCUGUUUCGCUGCCGACACAAGCUCAAUCUGCAGCUCCUGCUAUUGUUCCAGCUCCUGUCGCAGUUUCAGUCCCAGCUCCUGUUCUGCAGGCUGCUGGCAUCCAUACCGCAGUAUCAUUGCCUGAAUGUGCCAGCUUGGCCACCACUCAGCAAAACCUAGACACUGCAUCCAGCACCUACCAACAAGAGCUCUAUACAGAGGAUGUGCUUCAGGAAAAACCGACAUCAUUACCCAGCUAUGCCUAUGACAGCCUGAACUCCGAUGUGGCAUCUGGUAAAGAAACAAGUGAUGGCUAUGACAGCUUGGCUAGUGGGGGAAAGGGUGACGGAAAACACAGGAAACACCACCGCAAGUCUGCCCGCACACGUUCCCGGCAAGAAAAGACCAGCAAACCUAAACUAAGCAUGCUUAAUGUUUGCAACACAGGUGAUAAAAUGGUGGAAUGCCAGCUGGAGACACACAACCACAAAAUGGUGACAUUUAAAUUUGACCUGGAUGGAGAUGCUCCAGAAGAAAUUGCCACUUACAUGGUAGAGAAUGGCUUUAUCCUGUUGUUGGAGAAAGAGAUCUUCAUCGACCAGCUUAAGGAUAUUGUGGAUAAAGCUGAAGACAUGCUGAAUGAAGACAUGGAGGGAGAGAAGGUCUCAAUGCUGAGCUGUAGUCCACAACAAGGCCAGACCUCUGAAGGAUUGGUGGGGGAGAGUCAGCAGCCUGGAUCUUUUCAGCCUGUCUAUCAGCAGAAUGUUCUUCAUACAGGAAAAAGGUGGUUUAUAAUCUGCCCCGUAGAGGAGACCCCCGCAUCCAGCCAGGAGACCCCAUCUGAUGGUACGACGACACAGUCACCAGGAAGCUCAGCCACUACCCAGACUGCUGACAGUGGUACCGCAAGACCAUCUGCAUCCAGAGAAGAGGGAUCUUCCUCCACAAUGUCUGGUGGAAGUGGAGGCUUCACCUACGAUGUUUAUGGCUUCUGUAGUCCUCCAAUAAUGUCCAACACAGACCCUCUCAUCCUAGCCACUCUGUCUCCUCCUGUGUCUGCACCUCCCACUCUGCAGUCCGUUACAUCAGUGGAGCCUGCUGGUAGCUCAGUACAGCCCAGUGUGCCUCAGGUUCAACCAGCAAAGGCUCAAACUUUGCCCCCAUCAUCCCCACAUACCUCCCUACCCAUAGAUGAGUCACAGGGAUCCCCUCUGGGCUCUGUGUCCCCCAUCCACACUGCUCAGCAGAUAGCAGACAUGACAUGCCCAGUUUCUUUGGCUGAGGAGGUGCCCUGCUGCCCUCUGGUCAUGCCUCUGUCUCUGGACGUCAGCGGGUCACAGGGGGGGUCUCCUCUCACUCCUCUUCCACUACAUGAGCCCAGUUCAGCCAAAGAGCCGCUGUCUGUUUCUUAUACCUCUGCCGUACGCAGCGAACGCCCACAGCAGCCGGUCGUACUCCACCAGCCUUUCUCUAGUGUGGGAGGGACGAAAGUGUCCUCGCUCCCCCAAAGCCCAGCACCAUCCCAGCACAGUGCAGGGCCUGCUGAGUCAGAUGCCGAAGGGCGGCUGGGCCGUGGGGGCUUUGUGGACAGCACAAUAAAAACACUGGAUGAGAAAUUAAGGAACUUGCUGUACCAGGAAUAUGCUCCCAUGUAUCCAUCAGGCAGUGCUGCAGAGACACCAGGAUCUGGUACUGAGUACAUCCAGUCUCCUCCUGGUCCAGACAGCGCCACAGGAGGCUCAGGAAACAGCACCCCGGGGCCAAUGGGGGAGGGACGUUACCGGGCCGGUGAACAGCUGCCUCAAAUCCCUGAGAGAAUGGACAGUUUGAGCACGCUCAGUGACUCAGCUGUGUGCGCUUCCUUGUCAAGGAGACACGUUCCUCACUCUGCUUCCUGUUCGGGAACAAGAGGUCGAUUUAAGAUAAUCUCUGUUCCCCCUGAGGUGGCCAACAGACGAGAUGUAAAGCAGAGGAGCUGGAGCAGCGCCGCCUCGCCGGCUCACCCUGCAGGUUACAUUAUGGAUCACGGUCAGGCAGAGGGCAUGGCUGCCUCCACCACAAUUGGCCGUUUUUCUGUUGUGAGCACAGAGGAUGACAUCACGCAGAGGACACGCUGCAGCCGCUAUUCUGCCCCGCCUGAUUUCUACCUGGACACGCCCCCUUCCAUGGCCAAGCGGGGCUCCCUGCCUCGUGCCCUGACGUCAAACUCUGUCCCUGUGGACGUCACAGUCCACGCUCGCUUUUUCUCCUCAGACUCUGGUGCUGAAAGCAGCCCAGUGAAACUGCCGUCUUCCACCCCGUCUCAGCAUACUCGCUCUGAGCGCAGAGGGAGUGACCUAAUGAAGAGGGCGGUGGCCUUCCUCCGUCGGUCAGGCCGCAGCAGCAGCGUGCAGAGCUCUGACUCACCACACAGACAUGGAGGAGUGCAUGGCUCGGCCUAUGGCAGCAGUGAUAAUGAUUCAGAGAUGGAAGACUCAGACAUGAAGAAAGAACUACAGAGACUCAGGGAGAAACAUCUGAGGGAGAUCUCUGAGUUGCAGGCCCAUCAGAGGGGGGAAGUGGAGCUGCUGUAUCACCGUCUUGGUAAAGUCCCACCUCCUGGCCUGGGUCUAUCACAUGUCGCACCGCCCACGGGUCGAAGAAAGCGAUCCAGUAAACAUAGGCUGAAGGCUGGCAAACUUCUCAGCCCUCUGGUUCAACAAUUUAGAAAUGUAACAACCAAAACCAGUGACUCCAGCAAAACCACCACUGCAGGUACAGGUGAAACAACCGUGAGCUUAAACGGCUCUCCGGGCAAAGGGUCUGUACCCCCUCACGGCAGAGCACGGUCAUGCACCAGCCACCUUCCUAGCUCCACCUCAGAGCCUGUACAAACUCAGCAGCCCUGUUCUCUCAAGGGCUCCUUGUCCUCUGAUAACAUUUACGCUGGGCUCCAUGGAGACGCCACCAGCACGCAGGCUCCACCCGGACAAGGCUGGUCUAAUUACCCUCAACCGUCUGAGAGAGUGACCUAUAAAUCGAGUAGCAAGCCACGAGCUAGAUUUCUCAGUGGGCCUGUGUCUUUAUCUAUCUGGUCAACACUGAAGCGACUGUGUCUCGGCAAAGAGCGUGGCAGCAGGUCUGGAGCUGGACCAGGGGCUUUCAAUCAACCACAUCAGCCACCGCCUGGUUCCACACCUCCUCCUCAUCAGCCUGUGAUGGGGCUGGCUCAGGCUCAAGCCAAUAAUAGCAACAACAAGACAAGCACCUACACAUCCAUGAGUGUCACUGAAAACAAUCUGCCUGAAGAUUUGCAGCGACUGAUGGACGACUGGGCCCAGGAAGUUCUCAUUGUGACCCAACGGCCACGCACCAACUCUCUUAGUAUCAGUGGGCAGCAGCUUUGGGAGGAGGUUGUGCCUCAAACACAUGGACAGCCGAUGAGUGCAUCAAAUGUGUUAUCAUGGACAGCCCCAGGCCCAGACGGCUACAGUCUUCCCCUCUCAUGGCCUGACAACGCCAGGUCAAUGCUGAUGAGUGACCCGUCUGCAGGACCCCACCCCACUUCUCAGCAGCCCCCUCUUUCUCCAUUCAGAGCCUUGCCCUCUCCGCUGUCCGUUAGCCAUUGGCCGGGGCUGCUCUUCCCCCUCUCCUCAGGAGUUUUCGCUUUUCCCUCUGUACCUUCAGCCCAGGACGCCCCGAGCCCUGUCUCAUCGCCAUCAUAUCAGCCCCAUGACCCCAAAGCGAGGACUCUUUAACUUGAGUAGCAUUGUGUCUUCCAACUCUGUUACCAAAAAGAAGUCUCAUUAGAUCUAGUCAAUCUUAUGUGCGUAUACUGUAUAUAUUUAACCAGCAUGUACGUAAUUAUAUGUACAUACUUGCCUCCUUUUGAGUUUUACGUUAUUUGCUAUAUUUGCAUCAACAUACCUCAUGUCUAUAUAUCAGUACAUAAUCCUUGAGUGCAGUGUAAUGAUAAUAGUACAUUAAAACAUAGAGUUAGCCCAUCCACACAUUAAAGUAGUGCAGUUUUUUCAUCAUUUAUGUAUGUACCUUACCAUUCAUUGAAUGUACAUAAUCACUGAUGUAAUAUUCAUCCAAGCUGUGUUUAUAUAAAUAGAUUGUGUUGUUCAUAUCACCCCUAUGUAUAAGCUGCCGUGUGUAUAUAAACUCUUGUUAGUCUGUACAUAGCUCCUGUGUUUGUACAGUUAACAUUAGGUAAUCUGUAGGUCGGUGCUGCAGCUGUGUGUCUUAAAGCAGCACCUUAUUAGCCACCAUCAUGCCGUCACUGUGAAGACUUGACAUCCUGGUCACUAGGACCUGUUGCUUUAAUCUGCUUUCUCAGUCCAAGGAUAGGUUUCAUCAGUCAUCAAUGAAAUGCUUCCAGCACAAGCGCUUAAAAUAUCCUUAAAGAGAUUUGAAGGAACUUGAACUUUAUCUUCAGGUGACAGAAAACACCUGUGAGAGUGCCUUGAAUUGCAGUUUCACUUUUCUGAAGAAAAGCAUUUAGGUUUAAAGCAGACACUGGAUAUUCUCUAUAUGCUUUCACCUUAAAAAAUGAUUUGAAUAAUGAAUGGGGUUUAGAACAUGAUUAAUUUACCAACAAAAGACACUUGAACACUACAAUCCAAUCAUGUUGUAGUUCAUAAAAUAUCUUAGAUG